AUGACUAUCAGCCUUGAUAACAUUAGCUUCUACUCUCACCCCCCUCCUGCAAAGCCUCCUCCAUGUACCUUCCCUGUUUCCUGCUGGAAGCCAUAUGAGACUCCUCUUGCCUCACGAGCUAUUUCGUGUGCACUUCCACCCAGGGCGCCUUCCCCUAGGACGACGAUUACCCUAGCUUCUGAUCCUAGGCCAGAUGUGUCCCCGCGAUCUAGGGCUCCUGCGAGAGAAGACCAUGAUUUGCGUGCCGUUUGCAAUGAAUUUGACAUCGAAUUAGAGAGGAUCGUUAGGGCGCAAAACUGCCAGGUCACGCGAGAGGCUGAUCUGACCUUGCAUCGCGACUUGGGGCUCCCAAACGGAAAUGAUACCGAUGGGCCUCAAGACCAGUGCACUUCUUCGGUUCCAGAGCAUCCAGACCAGUGCCCUUUCGUAGAGGCUGUUAGUGACUCAGACCCGGUUUCCAUACCAGCAAAACCAGAUUUGCAUCAGUUUGGUCCGCCCUUUGACCCAACCGAAAAGCUUGAAUUACAUCGAGACAGUACUCCAUUAUUAGGAACUUGCUACGAGACCAACAAGGAUUCUGCUUCACCCGAAGUCAGCUUUCCUUAUACGCGUGCAUCACCUUCACCCUCGCCGGAUACACUGCGAAGCGUACAGCAUCUUCAAGCUAGGCCUGUCGCUGGAGUCAUCAUGGGACACGAAUCAGCCGUGGAUGACACCAAGGCUUGA